GUUCGUCCCUCCACCCAUCAAAACGCCGGUCGAGAGAAGUCUUGUCAUGUUUGGAAGGUUUCAUCUCAAAAAUCGCGAUAUCCAGCGACGAGACUAAGUUGGGAGACACGCACCUGCCCUACCCUGCCCAUAACCCCACCCCAGCGCGAGUGUCAGACCACUAGACGCCGCAGAAUGUUGCACAGAUAGCAGAUUUUGGGACGAGGCGAGACGAGGCGAGCACUUCCGGGUGCAGCGGAGGGAGGGGGGAGACAACACCAUGGUCUGCUGCGCCGGUGGGCAACAUGGCCCUCUCAAGUCCAGGUUCAUGAACCGCCCUGCUGUGGGGAACAACCCGUACAUCCCCACCCCCCUGGAGCACAUCGCUAACUGUGUCACACAUGGGCUGCUGAUCGUGCCCAGCCUCUUCGCCAUCCUCCAGCUGCUCCGAUUGGCUGACAACACCCUGCAGGUCGUCAACGCCAUCGUGUACGGGCUGGCGCUGAUCGCUCUCUUCAGCCUGUCCACCUCCUUCCACCUGCUGGCCUGGACAGGUAAACUCAGGUCUCUUCUCCAUUUUUUCCACGUGUGCGACCGCGCGGUGAUCUAUUUCUUCAUCGCGGCCUCCUACAUGCCGUGGCUCACGCUGCGGGACAGCGGCGCUCUCGGCCAAUGGGUGCACGGCGUCAUCUGGGUCCUGGCGCUGCUGGGGACAGUCUUCUCCUGCGUGUUCCUGGACAGAUGUAAGAGACUGGAGACAUCCCUGUACCUGAUUAUGGGGAUAUGUCCUUCCCUGUCUGUGUUCUCCAUGGUGAGUAACUAUGGGGAUAUGUCCUUCCCUGUCUGUGUUCUCCAUGGUAAGUAACUAUGGGGAUAUGUCCUUCCCUGUCUGUGUUCUCCAUGGUGAGUAACUAUGGGGAUAUGUCCUUCCCUGUCUGUGUUCUCCAUGGUGAGUAACUAUGGGGAUAUGUCCUUCCCUGUCUGUGUUCUCCAUGGUGAGUAACUAUGGGAAUAUGUCCUUCCCUGUCUGUGUUCUCCAUGGUGAGUAACUAUGGGGAUAUGUCCUUCCCUGUCUGUGUUCUCCAUGGUGAGUAACUAUGGGGAUAUGUCCUUCCCUGUCUGUGUUCUCCAUGGUGAGUAACUAUGGGGAUAU